AUGUCUCUCUCAGAACGAGCCAAACAAUCCGAAAAAGCUGCCCAAGAACUCACAAUAUGGAAGGUUCUGCAAGACUUGUGGGAUCCAGACACAAACCCCUCCGGAACCGUCAGCUUGGGUGUCGCCGAGAACAGGCUCAUGCAUGAUAUUCUCUCAAAACACAUUCACGAGAAAUUGGCCCUGUCCAACCACGCAUUCACUUAUGGAGACGGUGCAUCAGGGUCAAAGCAUCUGCGGAAAGCCAUGGCUCGCUUCCUUAACAAGCAUCUCAAGCCUGUGACCCCAAUCAUUCCUGCUCAUGUCAUCGUCACCAAUGGAUGCAGCGCGGCGAUUGAGCAUCUUGCAUGGGCGUGUGCCAACCCUGGAGAAGCAUUCCUGCUGGGGCAGCCUUACUAUGGGACAUUCAUUGAAGAUCUAACAGCUCGCACGGGAGCGAAAGUCAUUCCCGUUCCGUUUCACGGCAUUGACCCCGUGAGCGGAGACGCCGUUGUCAAGUAUGAAGAGGCCCUGAAGAAGGCCGAGUCUGAAGGGACAAAGGUGGCAGGAUUGGUGCUCUGCAAUCCUCACAACCCACUUGGAAGGUGUUAUUCGAGGGAGGCGAUCGUUGGGCUCCUGAGACUCUGCGAGAAAUACCAGCUGCACUUUAUCAGCGAUGAGAUAUACGCCCUCUCCGUUUGGGAGAACACAGUUGACGCCGGCGUCCCGGUCGAAUCGUUCACCUCAAGUCUCAGCAUCGACCCUACCGGUAUCAUUGAUCCGGCCCGAGUCCAUGUUCUCUGGGGCAUGUCCAAGGAUUUCGGGGCCAAUGGCCUUAGAGUGGGCGCACUCAUUUCACAGGCCAACCCAUCGCUGCACGCUGCGCUCAUUCCUCUCAACCUGUACAGCUCAGCCUCAUCCAUCGCCGACCAUGCUACAGCAAACAUUCUGGAGGACGACGCCUGGGUGGAAGAAUACAUUGCCGAGAACCAGAGGAGACUGGCAGAGCAGUACAGAGUGGUGACUUCGUGGGCAAAGGAGAACGGCAUCACGUAUCGGCCGGGUGUGAAUGCUGCUUUCUUUCUGUGGGUGGACUUGGGAAGCGUUUUUAGGAAGCUUCAUCCCAACACCGAGACGGGUGAUUUGAACAAGACGAUAGCCACGGCAUUGCUCAAGCACAAGGUCUUUCUGGCGUCAGGGACUGCAUUCGGUUCGGAGGAGCCUGGUUGGUUCCGGAUCGUGUUUUCACAUCCGGAAGACUAUCUGCAGGAGGGCUUGAAGAGAGUGCUUACGGCGUUGGCCGAGCUGUGA